UUUGAAAGGCCAGCCAGGAAAUGACGAACUAUGAACUCAUACAAGCGUGCUUCAUUUCCUAUAGUCAGAUAAAUUUCGUUCAUGGUAAAUCAAUUUUUAUGACUUGUGAGAAAAUAUUCCUAGAAAAUUAAUGAAAUUUGACUGCCUGCCUCCUAGCGUAGUAAUAUAUUUUGUGGGGUGAAUUGGAGGGUGAGCGCCAUCGCUCUUCUUUCCUUGUCUUGGAGAAGGCCCAUUUUGCAAUACUUGUUGUGCAAACAGUCCCCAUUCUGGAUGACUAGUCUGCUGUUCUAUCAGUGGCGACAAUCUGUACCUCUGAUUGCGAGUCGAAAAUUCGCAAACCUUAGAGAUUCUUUCGCAAAAACCGAGGCUGCGGAAAAAUCGGAUGCACCCUUACAAUUCUCUGGCAGUAAAGCAGAAUCCUGGAAAUCUAUACAAUCAAGAUCGGGAAAUCUUGACGAUGUACCCUGGUUUCAGCAGGUGUCAAUAAUCAUGAGCCUCUCUGUAUUCAUGAUCUACUUUUUUAUUCUUCGAGAAGAAAAUGAUAUAGACCAGAAAUUUGACAAAACCCUCUUUGACCACAUAGAUGGCUUAGAAGAAAGACAAUUGGAACUGGUCAUAGAAUACAACAAAGAACACAAGAUUAGUACAGAAAGAGAGGAAGCUAGAUUAAAGGAACUCAGAAGACAAUGAAAGAGCCCAUGUUUUCAACAGUUUGUUCAACAUGAUUCAUUCAUCGUUCAUCUGGGAAAUAUUUGCUUGUGCGUAGUUACCUGGACGUAUAACAGAAAUAACGUUGAAUAUUUAUUUAGUAGCACGCUUCUGGUGGGCUAUGGAAUUUAUAUGUAAAUAAUAAAAGCGAAUUGUAGAGGCAAAA